CUGCUUUCUUCUUCUUCUCCAGUUUAUUUAUAUAUGUUUGUGAUUAUUGUUGUUCAAGGUUUGCAGAACCUGUUUUGUUGUUCAUACCGACGUUUGCAGAAGCAUUUUAGUUCUUCAUACCAACAUGGCAAGGAAAUUUGAUAUGAUCAAGGAUAUUGAUGGAAAAAGGGAGACUUUGAAACUUGCUGUCCGAAUUGUGGAUCUGUGGUUUGUUGAGUCAUGGGAUUCAAAACGAAAUAUGGAGAUGAUUCUGACAGAUCAAAAGGUAAUGUAUGUUUGUAUUGUCAUUGUAUCAGUGUAUUUUGUAUGUGUAUGUAUUUGAUGGUUAUGGAUGGUUAUGGUGGUCAGGGUGAUGUUAUCCCUGCUAUGAUUAAGAAGGAAGACAUUGCUAGGGAAGACAAGCUAAAGGAAGGAGAAAGUUAUAUAAUGCAUAACUUCAAAAUUCUCAACAACAGAGCUCAAUAUAGAGUUUGCGACCACCCUUAUAAGCUAUUGUUUAUUGGAGCAACAUCUGUACGACGACAACCAAUUGCCAGUAUUCCUGCAAAAGUUUGGAAGUUCAAGAGUAUAAAGGAUAUCAUUGAUGGAAACUAUUCUGCAGAUUUGUUGGUUGAUGUCAUUGGUGUGGUGGAUAAUGUGGAGGAGAAACCAAGUUCCAAAAAUGUUGUGUUUGACCUAAAGGACUUGAGUGGUGCGUCAAUCUGUUGUACUCUUUGGGAUUCAUAUUGUUUGCGUUUGGUUAGUUAUUGGAGGGAAAGUCGUGACACAACUUAUCCAGCUAUUAUUCUUACUCAGGCAAAGAUAAAGGCUGCCUCAGGUCCAUGGCCGGUGUCAUUGUCUAAUUGUUGGAAUGGAUCGAAGUUGUUUAUGGGAGAUGAUAUAUCAGAACUGAUUGAAUUUAGGAAGGAAUUUUCAAAAACUACUGCUCAUGAAAUUUUCGAGGAGGGAAGCCAAUAUAGUGGAUCUUCCCAGAUUAGUCAUGUUGAUAGGUUUAUGUAUAAAACUGUUGUUAAGAGUGUUUCACAGAUCCUGACUGUGAUAGAGGAGAUUUCAUGUGUUACUGUUGCACAUACACUUAAAUUUAAUUUAGGAAAUGAUGGAUGGAGUUACUUGGUUUGUAACUUAUGCGCAAAAAGAACAUAUGAAGUUGGUUCUUUUAAGUGUUUGAAUUGUGAUGGUUAUAAUGAGUAUCCAAAAAUGAGGUACAAGCUUGAAAUUCAAGUGACUGAUGGAAAAAAGGUUGCUAACUUCAUGCUUUGGGACCAAGACUGCAUCAAUUUAAUUGGUCUUUCUGCUGGUGACUUGCGAAAGAAAAUGAUCAAGGAUGGUGAGGAGGAUCCUAAGUGUUUUCCACAGGAUCUAGACGUUCUUUUGGGUUGUACUUUGGCUUUCAAGGUCAAGCCACAAGGAAAUAACCGACCUGCUUCAGUAAUGAGAGUUUCAACUGAUCGUGAAAUCAUAGGACACAUUAGUAGUCUUCUUGGACAAACUGAGGUAAUGGAAAUUGUUGAAGCUAAGGAAAACUGUUCUGAUCAAUCAGAGCUUCGUAAGGGCAAGUCCAUAGCAAUUGAGGUUGGGAAACGUAGGAGUGCCAGUGAAUCUGAUGUCCAUACUCAUACUGGGAGUUCUUUAGUAAGUAUUUUAAUGUAG